CGAGACAGGGCGGGAUUUUCCAGCUAUGACGUACCGAGUUUUCCAGCAACCAUGUCAGCUCGACAUCAUGGCGUAGGGAUGUGGACGGAAGGGGGUAACACUGGUGGGCAUGCAGAAGUUCGAAAACCAGGCACACGGGAGUUAUUUUAAAUAAUAAAAGAAACAAACUACCGGAAGUAUUGAAAUUUCUUCGAGCAGAAUUUGGGUAAGCUUGCCGGUGACUGAAGAUGAUGUCUGAUGCCAGCGACAUGUUGGCAGCUGCCCUGGAGCAGAUGGAUGGCAUUAUAGCGGGCUCCAAGACUCUGGACUAUUCCAAUGGGUUGUUUGACUGCCAGUCGCCUACAUCUCCUUUUAUGGGUAGCCUGCGUGCACUUCACCGUUUGGAAGACCUGAGGGGUGUCCUGGAGUUGAUGGAUACAGAGGAAAGGGAGAGUCUACGCUGCCAGAUCCCUGACUCUACAGCGGACAGUCUGGUUGAGUGGCUCCAUGGUCGCCUGUCCAACGGGCACAUCUCUCUGAGCGGUGACCACUACCAGGAAAGGCUUUCCAGACUAGAAAGUGAUAAGGAGUCUCUGGUGCUUCAGGUAAGUGUACUGACAGACCAGGUGGAGGCUCAGGGGGAGAAGAUACGGGACCUGGAUUUAUGUUUGGACGAGCACAGGGAGAAACUCAAUGCUACCGAGGACAUGCUGCAACAGGAGCUGCUGUGCAGAACUGCGCUGGAGACCCAGAAGCUUGAACUGAUGUCUGAAGUGUCCAACCUCAAGUUGAAGCUAAAUACUAUGGAGAAAGAGAGACUUGACUUUGAUGACAGAUUUAGUGAUAGUGAGGAUUUGAUUCUUGAAAUUAACAAACUGCGGUACCGACUGACAGACCUGGAGAAUGAGAAACUACAGUAUGAAAAGAAACUUAAAUCUACAAAGGAGGAGCUGGCCGUGCUGAGGAGGCAGCUGGAGGGCAAAGACGGAGAGAUGAGGAGAUUACAAGAUGAGACAGGCUUCAAAGCCUCAAGCAGUGCUGAUCACUCGGACAGAGUCUCUCAUCCAGAUGAAACUCUUAGAAAGAGGCUGAAAGAAAAGCAUGUGGAAGUGCAGAGAAUGAAAAAGGCAGUUGAAUCGUUGAUGGCAGCCAAUGAAGAGAAGGAUCGCAAGAUUGAGGAAUUAAAGCAGUCACUGCAGCGGUAUAAGAGAGUUCAAGACAUGGUGAUGUCAGUGCAAGGGAAGAAAGAGAAAACCAAAGAUAAUGAGCAUGUCGAGAUUCAUGGUGAUGGUUCCAUCGCAUUCUUGUCUAUGGAAUCAGAAAAGCAGGAAGUUACAGAUGGUGAACAACUGAAAGGAAAGAGCCCAGAUGAGCAGGAGGGCCUCGAUAGACUGAGUGAAGAGCCUUCACCUACACCAAGCCCUUCAGAUCCUGAACGAGUGUCACAGUCCACACCAACAGAUGGAGAAAGUCAAAAUGCCACAAAGACCGGCAGCCAGGACCACCUGGACAGGAGCAAUAAUGAAAAGACUACAGGUGAAGAAAUUAAAAAGAUAAGUGACAAGCCACCCAUUGGUCCCUCUGCCACUUUGCCUGCCACCACAGAGGAUGACAGCUUUGGCUCAAGAAAGGCACGUUCAUCUUUUGGAAAAGGUUUCUUCAAGAUCCGCGGGGGAAAGAAGACGACCAGCAGUCCUAACCUUGACCGCAGCCGGAGUGCGAGUGCCCCUAUGCUAGCUGAUACAGAGCGACAGGGCACUGAUCAUCUGGAUCUGGCUGGGCUACCGCAGAGGUCACCUAACAGUGACAGCACCCACAUUCUCCCUACAACCUCAGAGAGCAAGAAAAAAUCCAAAGGAAUUAAAAAACUCUUCGGAAAGCUAAAAAGAAGUCAGUCUACCACAUUUACCCUGGACGACGACCCACCAGAGGGUACGUUCAAGAGGGGUGGAGUUCGAGCCACAGCAGGACCCAGACUGGGUUGGUCUCAUGACCUUCAGCGAGUCAACAAUGAUGUUGAUGCUCCCUUUGCACGCUGGUCAAAGGAUCAGGUGUGUGACUGGCUUCAGGAGCAGGGUCUUGGCCUUUACAUGAACAUGGCUCGUGUAUGGAUUUCCUCCGGACAGACACUGUUACAGGCCUCACAACAGGACCUGGAGAGGGAGCUGGGCAUUAAAACCCCGCUGCACAGAAAGAAGCUGCAGCUGGCUCUGCAGGCUCUUGGCUCAGAGGAGGAUGAUAAUAAAGGGAGGCUGGACUACAACUGGGUGAAGAGAUGGCUGGAUGACAUCGGUCUGCCUCAGUAUAAGACGCAGUUUGAUGAAGGGAGGGUGGAUGGUCGCAUGCUGCACUACAUGACAGUGGAUGACCUGCUUUCUCUGAAGGUGGGAAGUGUCCUGCAUCAUCUCAGUAUCAAGAGAGCCAUACAAGUGCUCCGGCUCAACAACUAUGAGCCCAACUGUUUGCGUCGUAGACCAUCUGACGAGAACAACAUGUCUCCAGCAGAGAUUUCAAAGUGGACCAACCACAGGGUGAUGGAGUGGCUACGCUCUGUAGACCUUGCUGAAUAUGCUCCCAACCUGAGAGGCAGUGGUGUGCAUGGAGGCCUGAUGGUUCUGGAGCCACGGUUCAACGUGGAGACCAUGGCCCUGCUGCUGAACAUUCCUCCCAAUAAAACUCUGCUGCGUCGUCACCUCGCCACACAUUUCAGCCUGCUCAUAGGCUCAGAGGCCCAGCAGCUUAAACAGGAGUGCCUUGAAAACCCAGACUACAUUCUGCUUACUGCCACUACCAAGGUCAAGCCAAAGAAACUGUCACUUGGUAACUUUGGUAGUCUAAGGAAGAAAAGGCAGGAUGAGAGUGAGGAGUAUGUGUGUCCAAUGGAUGUGGAGAUGCCAAAGGGAAGAAGCUUCCAGAAGGGCUUCGAGCUCCAAAUCUACGAGGAUGAUCUCGACAAGCUAGAACAGAUGGAGGACUCUGAGGGAACUGUGAGACAGAUCGGAGCUUUCUCCGAGGGUAUUCAAAAUCUAACGAGUAUGCUGAAAGACGAUGAAUUUUUCAAAGAGAUUUCCAAUUCACCGAACCUCAGUGUAACGGAUGAAGACUCCAAUGCAUGAGAAUUUCACCAGACCUGGUCCUGCUGUGAAUGAACCUCUGUGCCAACCCUCUCCACGUACACACAGACUUGUCUCAGCAAAUCCCAAGAAUGCUCCAACGUUUCAUUUUAGUGUUACAUUCAGAGAUGAGCCAAAAGUACUAGUGUAUUUUCAUUUUCCUGAUUUAGAUAGUGAUAUUGUCAAAGCCAGUCCAGCCACUACUACUCCUGAAGUUUGUCUCUGUUGCUAUGGCAUUUAUGGCAACACCACUGUUUGCCUGCCAACUGCAUUCAGGACAUAUUUUGUACUCAGUUAUGUACUGGCAACUUCUUUUUUUUUUUUGACAGAAUUGAAGUGUCAACCAGCAGAAAAAUGGCAUCUAGAGUGAGCCAGUAUAAAUUUAAUGUCUUUUGAAAUAUACUUAUACUGUAGAGAAUGCUGGGGGGAAGAGAUGGACUUGGCAAAAGUAACAUGCUGAGCAGGUUUUAAAGUUGGUGUAAAGUACUAACACCAACACAGCUGCUAUGUUUUCUGCAGAACUAAUCCCUGCUAUUUUAUUAAUUGUCUUUACUUUAUCAUGGUCUGAAGACUGAACAUGUUUUCACUCAACAGUAAUCCUCUGCAUGCAUUUGCACCAAUACAUAUCAUACAGUACAAAGCCUAAUGAAUAUGAUUGCAUGGUAUUGAAAUCCAACACAUUUCAUAUAUGAGAUUGUCAUUGAUUUUAUUUGAACCAUAAACGGAUCUUAAUGGAACCCUGUUGACACAGAGUUAUUUUUGGAAAUGUGUUGUGGCAUAUUCACAUAUAACGUACUUUAUACAGAUUAAAGUGAUAAUGUUGUAAUGCAGACCUCGAUCAUACCUAAGAUGGAUGUUUUUUUUUCUUUUAUUUGAUUAUUAAGAUCAAUAAAGUAAUUUAAAUCCCUUUCCUCAAA